AUGAUCAUCGCCAUGAGUGCAGCCUUGAUCAACAUGUACACCGACGAAUCUUGCAACCAGUUUCACACUAUUCCCCAAAUUCUCCAGAUAUUGGAACAGCGUAUGCGAGGACUCCUCUAUGAGACAGUUGGGUUGCGAGCCCAGGAGGAUGUCGAUAUUUGGUCAGCUCAGUGGGUCUUCAAUAGCAUCUGCUAA